AUGGAGAAUAGCAGAUCUGACUCCUACAGAUCCAUAGCCCAGGCUGGUAAAGGCGCUAUGCUAGGGAUUGUACCUCUUUACGAGCCAACCAAGGCUGAGGAUGUUACUGCUGACAUUCUCCUGAUACAUGGUUUAACCGGCCAUGCUAUCAAUACAUGGAGCCAUGGGGGUAUCUGCUGGCCUCGAGAUCUUUUACCGCAAGCACUCAAAAUUCCUACUCGUGUUCUGAGUUUCGGAUAUGACGCCGGAAGAUACGGCGAUGCAAAUCUAGAUAUCGAGGACGCAGCGUUACAACUUAUCAGUGAACUUGAAAGAGUUAGGCCAGUAAAGGCGCUGAUUACAUGCAACAAUAAACCAUCACUGAGGCAUAUCCUUGCUGCCCUGUCUGGAAUAGUAUUCCUAGCAGCACCUCACCGGGGAAGCGCUUUAGCUGAUGUUGCGGCUCGUCUUGUAGGCCAGCUAAGCAUUGGCCUGCCGCAGAAAUUUAUAGGCACUCUCAAGAAAAAUUCGCCAGAGUUAGAGAGUAUUGCCAACGACUUCCGACAGAUCGCCGAUCAGAGAGGCCUCCCGAUUGUUAGCUUCUACGAGCUACUCCCAGUCGUUUAUAAGGAAUCGGCGCUUCUUAAUAUUCCAAGUGAACAUGCACUUGGAGUACACGCUAACCACCGUGAGAUCUGCAGGUAUCAGAAUGCAGAUGAGCCAAUCUUCCGAGAAGUUACAGCUCGCCUACAGCAGUUGAUAGACACAGGCCCUUUACAUAGCAAUGCUCGCGUCUUUCUUCCAUGGGAUGUAACACCACAUUUUACCGGCCGCCGGGAUUACAUUCAGCGGAUCCACAAAGUUUUUCUUGGUUCCGAAGGACGUCAAAUCGUCGUCAUUCACGGAGACGGUGGAAUGGGGAAGACAGAAGUUGCAUUGAAAUAUGCACGGGAAAACGAGCAUCGGUAUAACUAUGUCUUUUUCGCUAAUUCAACAAACAUCCAAUCUUUGGAGAGUGACUUCAUCGAUCUCCAUGGUAAAUUGGGAUUUCCUCCCAAUAAUGCUCGCGCGGUGGAUGAUAUUAAACAAUUGCUUCGUCUAGAGCGAUGCUGGCUUAUGGUUCUUGAUAAUGAUAACGACUGGUUGGCAUUGAGCCAAUUUGGAUUUCCAGAAACCGGCCAUGGCCAUAUCAUCAUAACCUGCCGAUCUCGUGAGCAUACGAGUGAUCCAAGGAUCACUAAGGCCAUUGUCAUGAAUCCUUUAAAACCAAUAGAUGCCAUGGAGCUUCUAUUCUCGAGAGCCGGCGUUGAUGUAAAAGAACGGCUCAGCUGGGAAGCUAAAGCAAAGAAUGUCAUCAAAUUCACAGGAUGUCAGCCUCUCGCAGUUGAUUCAGCGGCUGCAUAUAUUUUGUGUAACAGCAUUACCGUUGACGAAUAUCUCAAUGCCCUGAAAGGGAGGAAAGUUUCUCGGAGACUACUCUCCUACCGUCCCAAAACAUCCAAGUAUCAGACCUCUGUUGAAUCUAUUAUCCAGCCUCGGUGGGGUCCUGAUGGUCAGGUAGAAAUGAGGGAUCCAAAGAGCAGUUAUGUCCCUUCAGACCUUGUUAACCUGAUAAAGGGGCCAAGCUUUUACCUUGCUCUAAAAGAGUUAAAGUCAUAUUCGUUGAUUGCCAGCGAUGAGAUAUUUGAAGGUGGCGAGAGCUUGAGCAGUAAAGAUUCAAUUAUUUUACAUCCUCUAACGUAUCUUUAUAUACGAGAAGUUCUCACCCCUGAUGAGAUGAUACAAAAUGCAAUUCAUGCGCUCAGCCUCGUUGUUCACGCAUAUCCGGUUGUGCAAGCCGGUUUGGACGGAAGCCCUCCCCGAAUGGUCUUCCCACAGGUUUAUCAAUGCAGUCUCAACAGCGAGUAUCUUGCCGAGGAAAACCUCAAUUUCAUUGAAGCUGUCCAGAGAGUUAAAUAUAGAAGGGAGAGCGAGCGAAGUUUCGCAGAAAUCACAGCUGAAAUGUUCCUUGAGGCAGCCCGUGGAUAUGGCGAAGGUUCUGGUCAUUUGGAUGGAACCCUUCUCAAGUGGAUUAAGAUCCUUAUCUUACCUUCAGAACGUGCCGGGCUCCAAGCCCGGCUGUGGUGUACCAGGCUUCCACUAGAAUUUUACAGCCAAGGCAAGUUUACUGAUGGCUGCGAAGCUGCUGCCAAAUUUCUACAUGACGCAGACUUUAGCCCUAGUGGUAAGAUCACAAACAACGAUAAUGCACAGGCAGGCUUCCUACGCCAUCUAUCAGUUGAAUACCUGGUCCGUGAAGAGCACCUGUCCGUUAGAGAGAUAUGGGAGAAACGUGCAAAAUAUAUCGAGACCUGGAAACCUUUAGACCAAUACAACCCCUCAGAACUUGAACGGUAUGCUCAAGGUAUGGGUGUACGAAUGCGUGGUAAGCUUGCCAAAGAUUUUGGGCAGUUCAAAGAUGCAUAUUAUUCCUUGAAAUUGUUUAUUGAACAAUAUGCCAAACACGGAAGCCGUGAAGAGGGAUGGGCAAUUGGCGACUUUGGACAAGUUGUGCUAGAACUCGAAGGGACGGGAGAAAACUUUGAUACCCUGCUUGACUUGACCACGAAUGGCAUAAAGUGUGGUGACGACCAGUUUACUCCUCGGCCCAGUGCAAGACCAUGCGAAAUAAUCUCUCGUGUAUAUACGCAGGCUAUAGAAAGCCGCAUGCUCUCAAGAGGGAACUCCAGCCAGCAAGAUAGAGAAAAUAUCUGUGAGAGUGAUACAAUGUUUCUCGAAAUUAACCGAGCCGUCAGCAUCCUUCGAGAAGGUAUCAUCCACCCCGAAAGAUAUAAAGACGCUGAACAGGAGCUGCUUGGUUUAAAGGUUCGAUUUGAGAAUAUGCAGGCCAUGGGAACCUUAUGGCAUGACGACCAGACCCGCCAUUUCUCGGUUCUGGCAUAUCUCGCGCAGAUUUCGCACUUACAACAGGACUGGGAGGAGGCACAGUCCCGCUGGGUAGAAACGAUUGAUUACGGGCAAUUAUUCGUUAAGGAGUGGAAGGGCGACCACUAUUACAUUGAGGUCGCUAAAUACAGUCUUGCAGACGUUCAACUCAGGGCUGGGGGUGAUCAGAAUGCGAUCAUCCCGAAACUAGACGGAACGACUCGCCGGCUUGACGCCGAGAAGGUGACAUGGAAUUUAGGUCUAGGGACCUUUUGGCUAGACCAUGUCAGGGAGUCGAUUACACUAAUUAUGAACAGUAAAGGUGCAAUUAUCAGGGAGGCAUGA